AUGGAGGAACUCCACCAACAAAUGCGCAUGCCAAUCUCGAGACUGCUGUUGAUUUUCACUGCAGUUUGUCACUGCUGCGCUCUGACUUCCAAGGCUGCGGGCAAGGGGACGACGCGUGAGGCAUUUCUGUCCGGCGGUGCGUGGGCUUUGAGAAAGAAGCUGAGCGAGAAGGAUGGUGAAGUGUGGUGGUGGCAGGAUGGACCCAAUUGGAAGGAUAAGUAUGAUAAGGAAUGGGAGAGAUGGUUCAAAGAAGAGAAAGGUCCCUGGGGAGGGUCUGAGAAGCGUAGCGAAUGGUUCGCUCGAAUGACAGGUGGGUACAUAACGCUCGGCAAAACGAAGAUACUUUCAUCUGCUAUUGAGGGUAGUGAUAAGGUAGAGCGCACUGUGCAUUCCUUUCGUAUUCCUUCGUUUGUUGAGGUUGAUGGGGUGCUGAUGGGUAUUGGUGAUGCCCGGUAUCUUACCUCCACGGAUUACUUCUUCACCGACACCGUUGCUAAAUACAGUGCGGACGGGGGCAAAACAUGGAAAACAGAGGUCAUCAUUGAAAAUGGUCGCGUGGAUCCCACAUACUCUCGUGUUGUGGAUCCUACUGUCGUUGCUAAGGCGGACAGUGUCUUUGUGCUUGUGGCAAGAUACAAUGUCACGAAGGGGUAUUGGCACAACGAAAACAACGCAGCGGGUAUAGCGGAUUGGGAACCUUUCAUGUACAAGGGUGUAGUGACUAAGGGUGCCGACGGUAAAACCAGUGAUGUGCGGAUCUCUUGGACAAAGACACCACUGAAACCCCUCUACGACUUCACUGUUGCAGGAAGCAAGGGCACGCAGUUCAUUGGAGGAGCUGGUAACGGCGUUGUAACAUUGAACGGUACAAUAUUGUUUCCGGUGCAGGCGAGGAAUGAAGACAAUGCCGUUGUAAGCAUGGUUAUGUACUCUGUUGACGAUGGUGUGAGUUGGCAUUUUGCCCGUGGUGAAACGGCGCUUCUCACAUCGGAAGCUUCUCUUACUGAGUGGAAUGGGAAACUGCUGAUGAGCGCGCGGACAGACACUUCUGGCGUUAACGUAGAAGGUGGGUUCCGCAAGGUGUUCGAAUCUAACAACCUUGGGGCAACGUGGGAGGAAUCACUCGGAACGAUUUCCCGCGUAAUUGGGAACUCACCCGACCGUACGAAACCGUCUCCAACGGCCAACUAUCCCGGUAGUUCGGGGGCUCUUAUUACUGUGACGCUUGGGGAUGUGCCUGUGAUGUUGAUUACCCACCCGAAAAACACAAAGGGGGCAUGGAGCCGGGACCGUCUACAGCUGUGGAUGACAGAUGGUAACCGUAUGUGGCUUGUUGGCCAGAUAUCGGAGGGCGACGAUAACAGCGCUUACAGUUCUUUGCUGUUGGCCCGUGAUGGACUGCUUUAUUGUCUGCACGAGCAGAACAUUGACGAAGUGUAUGGUCUUCAUCUUGUGCACCUUGUGGAUGAGUUGGAGAAGGUUAACGCGACGGUGCGGAAAUGGAAGGCCCAGGACGCCUUACUUGCUGGCCUUUGCUCUUCAUCACGGAAAAAGAACGACCCCACCUGCUCCGGUGUCCCUACCGAUGGCCUUGUUGGUUUACUCGCCGGCCCUGUUGGUGCGAGUGUGUGGGCUGAUGUGUACGACUGCGUGAAUGCCAGUAUCUCUGAUGGUGUGAAGGUUUCGGAAGGCGUGCAGCUGGGAGGCAAAAGAAACAGCCGUGUGCUGUGGCCUGUGAGCGAGCAGGGACAGGACCAGAGGUAUUACUUCGCCAACACGCACUUUACGCUGCUUGCCACCGUUCGGUUCGCGGGGGAACCGAAGGCGGAGGCACCGCUGAUGGGAUUUUCAAACGCAGAGGGGAAAACGAGCGAAACUUUGAGUCUCACAGUUGGCGGCAAGAAGUGGGUCCUAACGUACGGCUCCGUCCGUAAAGAGGGCCCAACCACGUCGAUGGAUUGGAAUCAAACCCAUCAGAUUGCGCUCACACUGCGUGAUGGUAAAGUGGAUGCUCAUGUCAAUGGAGAGCUCAUAAUAAAAGAAGUGAGUGUAGGCGCUUCUGAAUCUUCUGCACAUCUACAUCUCUCACACUUUUUUAUUGGAGCGCCGGUAAAUGACAGUGGGGAGGGAGGCAAUAAUGUGAUCGUCAGAAAUGUUCUUCUGUACAAUCGAAAGCUCGAUGAGGACGAACUGCAACUGCUAUAUAGCAACAGGGAAAAGAUACAACCGGUCGUCAGUGCAGUUGGUAUCCCCGAAGGUAUGAGCGCACCUCGGUUAUGUUGUCUGCUGAUCUUAAUGUAUGUGUUGGCGAUUUGA